GCUAACUUGAUCGAAGAGACCUCUUGAGGUUCUCUGACACGUCAUUUUUGUAUUUAUUUCAUGAAACUGGAAAGAAUCAUAUUGUUUAUUAAGGCAUUAUAUCGCAAAUAGGGAUACUCUAACUACUGAUCCAAAUUUUCACAUUAAUACACCAAUUAAAAACAUGGAUUUCUCAAAGUUUAUGGAAGAGGACUUUGACGCUAAGGAUUGGGUGAACGAAGCAUUUAAAAAUGAAUUACAAGGGGCAAAAAAAGACCAACAUGCUUCGACAUUAGUUAUGAAAUUACAAAUGUACAUACAAGAAGUAAACAAUGUAUUGGAAGAAAACUGUGAAGAAGCUUUAACAAGUCUAACUAGUGUUGCUCGACAAAUGGGUGUUGUAAAACAAGAGGCUACAGUCCUUAAAGAUCAUAUGAUGGAAGUGAGAUCCGAUAUAGAAAAAGUGGAACGCGAAACUGCAUCUUCAAUGCAUCAAGUUGUUUAUUUGGACAUGGUUAAGAAAAGAAUGUUAGAAACCAAGUCAGCUCUCCAACAGGCUGAUAACUGGACAACUUUAAGUGCAGAAGUUGAUAAUGCUUUUGAAUCAAAUAAUCUACAAUUAAUUGCAGAGAAAUUAGUCGGAAUGCAAACAAGUUUAGAUAUCUUAACUGAUGUUCCGGAUCAUAAAGAGAGAACAGCAAAACUAGAAUCUCUUAAAGAUAGAUUAGAAGCUUCACUAUCAACUCAAAUUGUUUCUGUAUUUUCAUCUCAGAAUACCGGUAAUGCUGCGCAUGAUUUAGUUAAGAUUUUCACUAACAUUCGGAGAUUAUCCGAGUUAUUGAAGUAUUACAAAAGAACACAUAGAACAGCAUUAUUGCAAAAAUGGAAAAAUCUUAAUCAAGAGAAUAAUGCAGAUAAUAUACAUUCAAUUUUAUCAUCAUUUUACGAUGAUUUACACAGUUUAUUGCAUUCUCAAGUCAUGUGGUGUAAACAAGUGUUCGUCGAACCUCAUUCAAUUGUUCUCUCUCUUUUGAAAGAAGUUUUGCAAUCCUUGGAUCCUACUCUUGAUAAACUGAUCCUAAGCUAUUUAGAAGGUACGAAAAGUAGCACAAUGGAAGAGUUAAAGGAUUUUAAAGAACUUUCUGAAAGAUUUCAUAAGGGUAUUGCAAACUUUAUGCCAUCAUCUGUGUUGGAUAGUGAUCAUAUGAGGGAUUUAUCAUCCGAAAUUUAUAGACCUUAUGUUCAAUUUGUUAGGAAUUAUAAUCAAUACUUAUCUAAAGAUUUUGAAAUUCAAUUAAAUAGAAUCGUGAUGGACGGUGAUGAUAUUGAUGAUACUUCAAAAGUGCUUUCAAAUUCUGUUAGCCAUUUCUUUCAAGUAGCAGAAGUGAGUUUACAGCUAUGUUCUCAAUUUUCUAACGGAGCUGCCAUUCCCGGAUUUAUCAAUGCUUUUGAACAAUUUACUUUUCAAUAUUGCAAGGAGUGGCAAAGAGUUCUAGUUAAUGUCAAAGAAAAAUUUCAGUUAUCUAAAUCUGGCAUUGAUUCUCUAGAUAAUUUUACAAAUAGUGACGAUUCAUUUGAAACUUUCCAAAUUUGUCUUGAAAUAGCUCACGCCUCUUCAGAGGCAUAUUCGAAACUAGAUGAUUUAGAAUUAUCUCUUGUAGCAGCUUUAACUUAUGAACCAACUACUCCGGUUUCACCUAAACGGAUAUCGCAAAGUGGCUUUACUUCUACUCUUUUUAUGUUUUUGUGUGACGACCAACAAACAAGACUUGUUAAGGCAUUAGAAGUUAAAAUGAAUUCUGGUGAUUCAAUGUUAAGUGGAGCAUUUGAUCAUAUUCGUAAAGUCGUUCAGUCAGCCCAUCGACUUGCUCUCAAUGCAGGAGUCAGACCAUUGAUUGAACAGUUAAAAAAGAUAGGUAGUAUGAAAGUUUGGUCAAGUGAAACUGCUGGUGCUGCAUUAGACCCAUCACUACCCGAUUUUAGUUUUUCUCCUCAAGAAUAUGUUACUAAGAUUGGACAAUAUUUAUUGACCGUACCACAACAAUUGGAUUCCGUUGCAUCGCAACCAUCCGCCUGUACUGGCUUAAGAUAUGCAAAUUUACCUUUCGUUGGAGCUUCAGCUCCAGAUUCUGCGGAAGCUGCGUCGGAUAUUUGGCUUGAAGCAAUAGUGAAAUCAACUCUAAGUGAAUUUAUUGAUCAGAUACUGUCAAUCCAGUCUUUAAGUGAUAGUGGAGCUAAACAAUUAUUGACUGAUAUUAAUUACCUUUGUGCAGUUGCUGAUGAUCUUGGAUUGAGUAAUUCGACCAAUCAAUUAAAAAAUAUUGGUUUAUUAGCAACAGCUAACGGAGAAAAAUUCUCGGAAAUGGUCGCUCAAGAUUUACCCCAGAGAAUUUGUAGUGGUAUAUCACGAAUGCGAGGUCUAGGGCGAUAA